AUGGACCCAGAUAAGAAAGCUAAACUAUUUAUCGUACAUUCGUACAAUUUCGAAAACUCUAAUGGUGAAGAACAUCUCAUUAGAUUGUGCCGGUGGACUAGCGAGGCAGACGAAGACGGAGUUAACCGUCUAGUGUUCGUCUCGAGGUCCGAACCCCACGUGCCGCUCUAUCGCAUGCGUCUUCACGUAGUGAAUGACGCAUUAGACAUCAAGCUAUCUACAAUCGCCCACGGAGGGGCAAGGAUCGCUUACACGACCUAUAACGGCCAUGAGAACGUGGUGGUUACCAGAGUGGCUAGAGGCACGUUUAACGACGCUGAGCUGCGGACCUCAGGCGGUCGUGGUGAAUUAGUCAAAGGGGUGAGCGUGUUCGGCUUACAACUAACAGAUCGUAAGAAAAAGAGCGCCAAUAAGGCGCCUCGCGAUAAAAAAAGAGUUUUGAAGUGA